AUGCCAUUGAACAACAUCCUUGAAGUAGAAAUUUUUUAUGUAUGGGGUGUCGACUUUAUGAGGCCUUUCCCUUCUUCUUUUGGAAACCAAUAUAUAUUGGUGGCAGUUGACUAUGUGUCCAAAUGGGUUGAGGCCAUCGCUUCCCCUACUAAUGAUUCUCAAGUCGUCAUUAAGUUGUUUAAAAAAAUCAUUUUUCCAAGGUUUGGUGUGCCAAGGGUUGUGAUAAGCGAUGGAGGGUCUCACUUCAUUUCUAAACAUUUUGAAAAACUUUUUCAAAAGCUUGGUGUGAGGCACAAAAUUGCAACACCCUAUCACGCACAAACUAGUGGACAAGUUGAGGUCUCAAAUAGACAAAUCAAGGCUAUUGUUGAAAAAACCGUUUCGACCUCUAGCAAAUAUUGGUCAAGUAAGCUCGACGAUGCUCUUUGGGCUUAUCGCACGACUUACAAAACUCCCAUUGGAAUGACCCCUUUUAAACUAAUCUAUGAGAAAUCUUGUCACCUUCCGGUUGAGCUUGAGCACAAGGCCUAUUGGGCAAUUAGAGACCUCAACUUAGACCCCAAUUUAGAUGGUGAGAAAAGAAAACUUCAAUUAAAUGAGCUAGAGGAACUUAAGAUAGAUGCCUAUGAGAAUUCCCAUAUUUACAAGGAAAGAACUAAGAGAUGGCAUGACAAGAAAAUCUUCAAAAGACACUUCAAAAGUGGUGACCUUGUGCUGCUCUUUAACUCUAGGCUGAAGCUCUUUCUAGGUAUAUUAAGGUCACGAUGGUCCGGUCCAUUUCAAGUCCGCAAGGUCUACCCUUAUGGGGCAAUUGAGAUUUUUUCUAAGGAUACCGGAUCAUUUACGGUUAAUGUGAAAAGGCUAAAAAUCUAUAACAAUGGAGAGGUAAAUGAAGAGGUGGCUGAUUUUACUCUACGUGACCCUCUUUGA